AUGUAAUAAUAUUUUAUAGAUAAAGACAAAUCAAUUUGGAUUUUACUUGCUUAGCAUAUUAAGGAUCAAUAAUUAUUUAAUAAAGAAAUAGGUUUAAAUGAAAAUUGUAUUUACGCUUUAGUAAAUCCAGAAUAUGUAUAAUAUGAUAAAUAAAAUAGUUGGUUUCAUUAUAAGCAUGUCUUAUUGCUAUUUACAGAAUGCUUAAGAAAAAAGAAUAUAAACUUUCAUCAUAAUUCUAAAGAGAUUUGCAUUAUUUAUUAACACCUGAAAGUUAAAGAAAUGAUGUUAGAUUUGGAAUUACAAACAUUUUGACUUAAAGGAUGUUGUGUAUAUUUCUCACACCAGUAAGUGAAGAACAAUUAAAAAGCUUUGAAUUAGAUGAAUUGACAAACUUAUACCAAUAUUGUAAUAUUCCUCAAAUGAUCAAGUAUUACAAAAUAAGUGAUCAAGAAUUGAAAGUUGAUAAAGAUGUAAGAGGAGCUGUUUAUAAUUCAAUAGCACUUAAAAAAUUUAAGUGA